UUUGACCAAUAAAAAAUUAAGUAAAAUACAGAGUUCCCAAACUCGUAAAUAAACGCAAGUUCAAUGGCAGAGUCAAAUAAGAAACGACAAAACCAAACGCUAUCACUUGAGAAUGGCUACUCCAGUGAGACCAUUCCUCUCUUCUUCGCUGUCUCAUCUCUAAACCAAAACUCGCCGAGUUUUUGCCGAUUAAUGAUCGCUGAUGGCUUCCGCCGCCCUCGUUAACAACGCCGGUGUCUCGCCGGAGAAUUUCCUUGACUGCCCGCCGGCGUACGGAUGGCUCAGCCCUCGAAUGUCCUUCAGCCGUGACCUCCCCGAUGACUCCAAGAACCCAGAGAAGCCUUCGCCGGUGCCUGAGACCUCCGAUCUAGAAGCAUCUCCAAAGGAUAUCGUUGAUUUCGAGUUUCUCCUCCAUGAUCCAGUCGCUAUGCUCCCCGCCGACGAGCUCUUCUCCGACGGUAAGCUCGUUCCUCUACAGCUCGCCCCAUCGCUUCCCACCCCGUCCGUAGCUGAGCCAUCACUGCUGGAUUCCUCCACCACGACCUCACGCCGGAGUUCAGAGAUCCCUGUCCCUGAGCCCUCCUCCGUGCUCUCUCCAAAAGCACCGCGGUGUUCGAGCCGGUGGCGCGAGCUUCUCGGACUCAAGAAGCUCCAAAACCCCAAGCUCUCUUCUUCUCCGCCAUCGAAGAACCCUAACCCUAACCCUAACCCUAAUCCUUACCCGAACCCUAGAUCUCUGAAGCGGUUGCUAAACCGAAACCCUAGAUCAUCAUCAACCGACUCCUCGAUGAGUAUUCCCUUACUCCGCGACUCCGAUUCGGAAUCAGUCUCGCUCUCAUCUUGCCGCCUCUCCCUCUCAUCCUCCUCCUCUUCCUCUGGCCCAGAUCACGAUGAGCUCCCACGAAUCUCCCUCGACUCCGAGAAGCCAACCCAAGCUCCGAUCUCCCUCAACCGCAACCCACCAAGGAUUAGGGUUUCAAAACCAAGAUCAGAGCCAACUCCAGCGACAAGAACAGGAAGGAGCGCAACCCGAAGGACAGAGACCGCGGCAUCGGCUCCACCGGCGCGAGUGUCAUCGGUGGAUAGCCCACGGAUGAACGCAUCAGGGAAGGUGGUGUUCCAGGGUUUGGAGCGGAGCUCGAGCAGUCCAGGGAGCUUCAAUGGCGGACCACGCGUGAAGCUCCGAGGCAUGGAACGCUCCUACUCGGCCAACGUCGUCCGUGUCUCCCCCGUCCUCAACGUCCCCGUUUGCUCCCUUCGCGGAUCCUCUUCCAGAUCCGCUUCCGUUUUCGGAUUCGGGCAUCUCUUCGGAUCCGCAACCCGAAACCCGCCUACACCUAGCUUCAAGAAGGCUUGAAUCUUCAUACUCCCUAGUCCUUUCAUUUUCUGGUAAACUAAAAUUUCCCA